AUGCAGGGCAAGCCUCGACUCUCUCGGGCGGCCAAACCUGAGCGCGAAUUUUCGAGAUCGAUUUCGACCCGUACGACAACUCCCAGCGCCAGCCCGCGAGACGACGACAAGAUGGUCCUCGCAAAGAAGCACGUCCCCAUCGUCAAGAAGCGCACCAAGCGUUUCUGGCGCCACCAGUCCGACCGCUUCAAGUGCGUGCCGGAGUCAUGGCGCAAGCCCAAGGGUAUCGACAACCGCGUCCGUAGACGCUUCCGUGGCAACAUCCCCAUGCCCUCCAUCGGCUACGGAUCCAACAAGAAGACCAAGCACAUGAUGCCCUCCGGCCACAAGGCUUUCCUCGUCCACAACCCCAAGGACGUUGAGCUCCUGUUGAUGCACAACCGCACCUACGCCGCUGAGAUCGCCAGCGCCGUCUCCUCCCGCAAGCGCGUCGACAUCAUCGCCAAGGCCAAGGCUCUCGGCGUCAAGGUCACCAACCCCAAGGGCCGCGUCACCACCGAGGCUUAA